CGAAAGCAUUUUGACAGCUCGUUGUCACAUUUUCACGAUAGGACCGAGUAAUUUUUCCGGAAAAUCUUCUGUUUUAUCACAUAACUCGCAUUUAUUCCGUACUUUUGAGAGACAAUAAAAUCCGCACUAAUUGAAGCAAAAUGGCCCAAUUUUUCAACAGACUCGGUCAACUUGGUCUUGGAAUCGCACUCGCUGGAGGUGUUGUUAACUCCGCAUUAUAUAACGUCGAUGGCGGUCAUCGUGCCGUAAUUUUCGAUCGUUUCACCGGUAUCAAGCAACAAGUCAUCGGCGAAGGCACGCAUUUCUUCAUCCCAUGGGUUCAGCGUCCCAUCAUCUUCGACAUUCGUUCACAACCGCGAAAUGUUCCCGUCAUUACCGGUUCCAAGGAUUUGCAAAACGUCAACAUCACCUUGCGUAUCUUGUUCCGCCCCAAGCCGGAUCAACUGCCCAAAAUUUACACCGUUUUGGGUGUCGACUACGACGAACGUGUCUUGCCUUCCAUCACAACUGAGGUCUUGAAAGCUGUCGUGGCGCAAUUCGAUGCCGGCGAGCUCAUUACACAACGUGAGAUUGUCUCGCAGCGCGUCAGCAACGAUUUGGUCGAGCGUGCUCAGCAAUUCGGGCUCAUCUUGGACGACAUUUCCAUCACGCAUUUGACGUUCGGCAAGGAAUUCACGAUGGCUGUUGAGAUGAAACAAGUGGCACAACAGGAAGCCGAAAAGGCGCGUUUCAUGGUCGAAAAGGCGGAGCAACAGAAACAAGCUACGAUUAUUUCGGCUGAGGGUGACGCACAAGCUGCCCAGUUAAUUGCCAAAUCUCUCGCGGAAGCCGGUGACGGUCUCGUUGAGUUGCGAAGAAUAGAAGCUGCCGAAGACAUCGCCUACCAACUAUCCAGAUCACGUGGCGUCAAUUACCUUCCCGGCGGACAAAAUGUUCUAUUGAAUUUGCCAGGAGUUCAAUAAACGGAAAAAUUUAAUUCAAAAAAUUGCAUUCGCGUGGCACUAGUUCAUUAGUUUUUGUACAUAAGUAAGAAGAGACAGGAUAGAAUUUAGAAAUAAAAGUCACGAAAGUCCUCAUUUUCUCGUCAUUUCUCCGAGGAAAAAAGUGAAUUUAUAACAACUUGCGUGCAUUUAAGGGUCUCAAGAGUCACAUUUUCGGGAUGUUCGUCAUUUAUUGCUCCGAAAAUGUUCUUUUUAGACCAUUAUCAGACUAAAUAAAAGCAGAAAAGUUAA